ACUCGGACAUUUGAAAAGGACUUUGAGCACGUAUCUUAAAAUGGCGCGUCAUAGUGCUUCGUGAACGCGCUCUAUCUUCCUACACAACAAAGAUGGCUGCGCACUGGAGGAAUCUGACGAGGUCGGUUUUACAAGGUUUGUGUCACCUCUCAAAUAGGACAUUGUGGAUAGGAUCUUCCUUUGAGCAAAGCGUUUUCCAUCUCUGGCAGGAGAAUGUUUUGCACAGCAGAGCUAUACACUGCAGGCAUUACCUCUUACAAACCAUCACCAAGACAGAGUAUCAGAAAGUAACAAACACACAAAAAGUAACAGAGCCUGAAAAUAAGACAGACCAACAAAAGACAGAAGACCACGAUGAGGAGGAUGAUGAUGAUGAUAACAAGCCUGAGUACAUCCCUAAAAGAAAGGCAAAAAAUCCAAUGAUGAAGAUUGGAUAUGCAUGGAUGAUUGGCCUGCCCACUGGAAUCAUUGGCUUUAUUCUGGCAAAAAGACAGGUGGAUAAGAACCGACUGAAACAGCUGAAAAUCAGACAGAGAAUGAAGCAGUCCAAUGAGGGAGAUUACGAGAGAGACCGAUAUAAACCAGCCACCAGGAUGCAGUGAUUACAUCU